AUGGGAUUGAUCAAGAGCUGCUUCCAAUUGAUGGCGGGAACGAUCUUCGGAGUGUACGUAGCCCAGAAUUAUGACGUCCCCGACCUUAACAAGCUCUACAAAGGUGGUGUAUCUAUGUUUAAGGUUUAUGAGGAGAAUUUCCGCAAGCCCAAGAAGGAAAGGGGAGAGUGA